AUGAAAGAACGUACACAAAUAGAUCGUCAAUGUAGAUUAUUUUUGGAAUCUUUGAUCAAUAUCGAUUGUUCAAAUUCUCAUUUAUUCGAAGAUAUUUUAUCUAAAGUUGAUUCAAAUGAAUUUAUUACUGAGAAUUUCAAUUCUUCAAAAUGGAAAUCAGAUGAUUCAUCAACUUUACAUUUAAUUAUUAAAACUUUAACCGAUAAACCAUUAUAUUUAUCUGUUAACAAAGACAUAACAAUUCAACAACUAAAGCAAAAAAUUCGUUGUAGUUUUGAUAUUCCAUAUCAUUUGAAAUAUGAUUUUUAUCUUUUUCAUUUGGGAAUUUAUCUUAAAAAUGAAGAAAAAUUAAUUAUUGAUUAUAACAUAAAUAAUCAUUCAAUCAUUUAUCUUAUUCACGGUCCGUGUAUUCGAGAUUCAACAAUGAAUUAUUUAGCAGAAGAUCUUCAAGAUGAUACUGGAAUAACUAUUAAUGAUAUAAAUCGAAUACUUAUAGCUGAACAAAAUCGAGUACAUCGAAUAAUCUAUCGAAAUCAGAAACAUUUGGAAAUUAUAUUGAAGUUUACUCAAACUGGAUGUCAAAAUGAAUCUGAAUUCUUUCAAGAAAUGUUUCUCUUAAGUCAGACUGAUGACGAUGAUGAUGCUGACAGUCAAAAUAUCGCGGAUAUGUCACAAUCGUUAGCUGAUGAAUAUUUACAACAUAGUGGACCACAAAUAUCUGUAUUUCAAUUAAUGAAUUUAAUUACUAAUUUUCAUCCUGAAAGACAAUCUUAA